UGGGUAGGCGCGGCGACCCGCAGGGCCAGGUGCAGGGCCCGAGAGUCCGGGGUCGCCAGAGCCCAGGAGGAGUGACCGGUCUCCGGCCUGCUUGUGCUGUCCGCGCGCCCUGUCCACUGGACUCCCGAGACCCUCGGAACCCAGGACACCAUUGGAGAAACUGGUCGUUUUACCAAGGAUUUGACUGGAAUGGCAUGCUUCCUUUAAAGAAUUAAAGUUGACUUAUAGAGCCAAUUAAAGCCGUUUGGGGAAUCUGGCCUCAUACCUUGUCCACAGAGUUCCUGUACAAGGUUCCUGAGCUGUGGGAAGCAGCACAGCACCAGCUAGGCAGAGAUGCCCCAGGCCAUGUCAGAGCUUUGAUCGAGGCCUGGUAACAGGGAGGCGCUGUCACCCACUGGCCUUGCCAACCCAGCUCCAAGAUGCUGAGCCUGAAGCUCCCCAGGCUGUUUAGCACAGACCAGAUACCACAGGUGUUCCAUGAGCAAGGCAUCCUCUUCGGCUACCGCCAUCCACAGAGUUCUGCCACUGCCUGCAUCCUCAGCCUUUUCCAAAUGACCAAUGAGACUCUCAACAUUUGGACUCACUUGCUGCCCUUCUGGUUCUUUGCAUGGAGGUUUGUGACUGCACUGUAUGUGACAGACAUCAAGAAUGACAACUACUCCUGGCCCAUGCUUGUGUACAUGUGCACCAGCUGCGUGUACCCGCUUGCGUCCAGCUGUGCACACACCUUCAGCUCUAUGUCCAAGAAUGCCCGGCACAUUUGCUACUUCCUGGACUAUGGCGCCGUCAACCUCUUCAGCCUGGGCUCAGCCAUUGCCUAUUCUGCAUACACGUUCCCAGACACGCUGGUGUGCACCACCUUCCACAACUACUUGGCCAUGGCUGUACUGAACACCGUCCCCAGCACAGGCCUCUCCUGCCUACUCCAGUGUCUGGAGAGUGAGAAAGCUGACUCGUGCAGAAGUGAUGCUGGCCCUGAGCUUCUCCCGCAACUCAGUGUGCCUUGCCAACCUUGUUCUGAGCAGAGACCUGACUUCCUGUACAGCAGCCCCUUAGCCCUCUGCUGCGGGACUGCCCUAAGCCCGAGCAGGCUGGGCUGUGGGGCCGCGCGUGGGGCGCCUCUGAGGAUGCUGUGGCUGCGGCUCUGUUCUGGCUGUGGCGACAUCGCGUGGCCUGAUGCGGAACUGCAACUUGGCAGCGGGCGGCCCUUCUCCCAAGCUACUGGCCCUUCUGCCUUUUUCUCUCUGUUGCUGUCUCUCUUCUAUCCUGCUUUUUCUCCUCUUUUCCCUCUAGACUCGGCUUUGCAGCUGGAGAGGCUGGUCCGUUUGCCCCUGGGGAAACACUUUGUCAGGCCGAGCGAAAUGUUGUCUCAAGUCACAGAAAAUCCAUGCUUUGGGGGAUGGCCUUCGCCAGCCAGAGCCAGAUUUCUUCGAGUGUUUCUUGAAAUCCAGAAGCCCAGACUCUGUAAGGUGAUUCGUGUGCUCGCCUUUGCUUAUCCGUAUAUGUGGGACUCCCUGCCCAUCUUCUACAGGCUAUUCCUGUUCCCAGGGGAGAGUGCACAAAAUGAAGCCACCUCCUACCACCAGAAGCACAUGAUCAUGACCCUCCUGGCCUCUUUCUUGUACUCUGCACACCUGCCGGAGCGCCUAGCCCCAGGACGCUUUGACUACAUCGGUCACAGUCACCAGCUGUUUCACGUGUGUGUGAUCCUGGCCACGCAUAUGCAGAUGGAAGCCAUACUUCUGGACAAGACUCUGAGGAAGGAAUGGCUCCUAGCCACCUCCAAGCCCUUCUCUUUCUCUCAGAUAGCCGGAGCCAUACUUCUGUGCAUCAUCUUCAGCCUCAGCAACAUAAUUUAUUUCUCAGCUGCUCUGUAUCGGAUUCCCAAGCCAGAAUUACACAAAAAAGAAACAUGACUCAGACCAUAAGCUUUUCAUGCCAAAUGUCAACAUAAAGCUGCAACACCAAGCCGGAGGCGGUUACAACUUACCAUGGCCUAAAAUAUUCAUAAUGGUUGGUGUCUUUUGAAUGAAUUCAUGUCAAAAAGGUAUUCAGCUGGCGAAAUUUCUCCAAAUGUACACUGGUUCUGUGUGUGUGAUUUUAAAAGGAGAACAUGGUUCAAGCAAGUCCUUGUUAAAGCAAACUACUGAUAUUUCAUUAAUUUUAAAUUUACUUAAAAUGGGGUUUUUUAUUCUAUUUAAACAAUUGGAUUAAGCAUAUUACCCUGGAGCUUUGUAAUAUUUUUAAAAAAUGAAUCUUGCUUCAUUUGAUGAAUUUCAUGUCACAAAGCUUCUCUCAAGAGCUCUCGUAGUGGCCUGUUGACUUCUUCGGGAGAAUGAGUCAGGUCAGUCACUGGGAGGACCUGUGAAAGGAAGUUGGUCACUGAGCGCCUUGGGGACUGGGAAAACAUUCCAGAAUGAAGAGAGCUGUUUGGGGAGAGACCUUCUUCCCUUCUCCACCUAGUGAAGGGAGAACAAAAGGGGAGUCCUGUCUUCCCACAAGUCCAUUCUGCCUUCAAAGUGCAAGUUCUCAUGUCAUUAUGGAUUUGGAAUUCGUCAGUUUUUUUCUUAAAAAUCCACAGCAGGGUGUCAUGUGUUCUGUUAUGCUGUUUUCUGGUUGCCAGUUUGAUCUGCAAAGUAUUAUUCGGUGCAGGUAAAAUGUGUUAAACUCUAAGAAUUGGCUGAGUUAAUCCCAAUUGGUUGUGCUCAUCUGCCACCUUUUAAACCAAAGGAAAUUACUAUAUUUGGGGAUGUCAUACAUUUGAUAUUGCUUCAAGAUUUCAAAUAUGCUGCAAAAUUCAGUAUCCAUAUGCAUAAGAUGUUAAUGACCUUGCCAGUGGGAUGGUCACAUAUAAUGUUCUCAAGCUUUACUGUGAAUCAGAAACAUCUAGGAAGCUUGUGACAAAUGCAGACUCCUGGGGAAAACCAGGGGGUUCUGCUUCACUAGGUUAAAUGUAGGUUUUGUAGAGGAGAUCUGCACUGGAGCAAGUCUCCCAGAUGGUUCUAAUACAGGAGGGCCAGAGGCCAAACUUGAAGAACUGCUGGUGUUACACAUUCCAGAAGGCAUUGGACCUAUCACCUUCGCUUCACCUGAUCUCAAGUUUUAGCAACUCACCAACUAAGGCGUACCGCCCCCCCCAUUUUAUGUUCCAGAGUUUUCUGCUCUGAAUAGUUCUAAAACACUGAGCAUUUUCUCAUUUGUUGUAUUACUGAUUAAAGUUCAGUAUUUCAUGGUGUUUUCAGGGAACACAGAAAUGCGGAUGCAAAACACUUUUGACAGAGGCCCAUCAAACCCUGAUCUGCACUUGUUAAUGACUUAGGGGGCCUUCCUCACAAUGCAAGAUCCUCUUUGCUGACUCAGGAAUACCCCACAUCUUAGACUACUGCUUCUACCAUUAACUAGCCCAGACAUUUGAAUGCCCUUGUAAAUAGCUCACUGUCUAAUCCUCUAAGGACAAGUAACAAUUUAUAUUGGAUAAGAGUGG